UGGGUAUUCGUACAACUAGUGCAGUGAUAUCGAUGUUUCUAGCCGAUAUGUAGUUAGUUAUGUAUUGUCAAUGGUGAUUUUAAUGGGCGGAGAUAUAUUGCUACAAUAAAAUCGUAAUCUCAUUAAGAUUCUGUAAAAUUGCAGUCAACAUGUUCAACAGAUUCAAAAGGCACACGGUUCAUCCGUCGUCUGCCGACAGCCAGCUUGCGAAGUCAGCCAUUGCUAGUGGGCCUUACGAGUCAUGGGGGACUCCUGAGGCCACUCCGACGCGCACUAUAAUACGAGAAACCAAUUCAAUCGAAUCAACGACAAAGAUAAAAGAUGAAAAGGAAGAACGUAAGAAGGUUCAUUUCUUCCGGAGCGACUCCAUUGAACAUUUCAAGCUGGAGACAAGCAUCACGGAUUACGAAACGGAAUUAAAAGACCUCGAUGAUGAUGACGAUGAUGAAUCAGUCGAAACCUAUGAGAUAAAGCCUGAAAAACCAGUGAAGAAAGUGCAGUUGGUAGAAACGCUCCAAUUUGACCCGCCAUCUCCAAUGCAGUGGAAAAAAUUCAAAGGUUUUAAAUUGCUGCCGUUUUUCGAUCCUUCGAAAACUAUCGACUCUCAAAGCAAGAGCUACAUAGCCUGGCUCCUUCUCGUCACGUUCUGCUAUAGCUACAACGCCUGGUGUAUCGCUCUCCGCGCCUCUUUCCCUUACCAAACUCCGGAGAACCUCGCCUGGUGGAUGACGGCCGACUAUUUCUGCGAUGCGAUUUAUUUGCUGGACGUGAUGUUCUUUAAACCACGGAUGAUGUUUCUGCACGAAGGGUUCAUGGUUAAGAAUACAGUAGAGACCAAGAAAAACUAUCAGAAGAAGCUGCAAUAUAAAUUCGAUGUUUUGUCUCUUCUGCCGUUGGAUAUUUUGUACCUAUACUUUGGUACCGAGAUGGUGAUCCUGCGCCUUCCGAGGUUACUGAAAUUGCAAACGUUCUGGGAAUUCCACCGCGCAAUGGACCGGGUUUUACAUUGUCCCUAUGUGGUACGUGUCGGCAAAACAUUGUUCUACAUCUUCUACCUGAUCCACCUGAACGCGUGCGCGUAUUACCUGAUGAGCUCGUACAUCGGCCUCGGCUCCGACGGCUGGGUGUACGACAACCGGGGAAACGCUUACAUCCGCUGUUUCUAUUUCGCUACCAAGACCGCGACUUCCAUCGGCAAGAACCCGAAGCCGGAAAAGCCUGCAGAGUAUCUGUUCAUGACGGCAGCUUGGCUGAUGGGCGUGUUCGUGUUCGCACUGCUCAUUGGUCAGAUAAGAGAUAUCAUUGCUACGGCUACUAAAGUGAGGACUGAAUAUCGCAUGAGCGUUGACGCUUGUUCCUGGUACUUGCGCAAGCUGAACUUGCCGCUCUCUGUACAGCGUCGCAUAGCUUGCUGGUUUAACUUCACCUGGAACCAGCAGCGGUGCUUCGAUGAAUCGAGAAUUUUGAACUUGCUACCUUACAACAUGAAACGAGACGUAGCUCUUUAUGUGCACAUGUCGAUUUUGAGUCAGGUGCAGCUGUUCCGCGACUGCUCGUCGUCGCUGCUGCGCGACCUGGUGCUGCAGCUGAAGCCCGUGUCCUACCUGCCGGGCGACGUGGUGGUGCGGCGCGGGGACGUCGGCCACCACAUGUAUAUCGUCAAGAGCGGGGAGUGCCUAGUGAUGUCGGCUGAUGAGAAGGAAGUUGUAGCGGUUUUGAAGACUGGAUCGGUAUUUGGAGAAAUAAGUUUGCUCGGGAUUGAAGGCCUACGACGUCGGACUGCUACUGUUAGAUCCCGCGGAUACUCCACUCUCUUCGUGCUCUCGCGCGACGACCUCGACUCCGCGCUCGAAUACCACAAGGAGGCGGCUCAGAUCCUGCGCCUGCGCGCCGACCAGAUCAUUCGGGAGAACGCGGCGCGGCAGGCCACGCAGGCGCGCGGCGCCGGCGCCGAGCCGCCCGCGGGCCGCCGCCGCCGCCGCGGAGCCGCCCACGCGCGCCUCCAGAAAACGUACACGGUCUUUAUGUCCGUCGCCGAGCCUGAUCUGCCGCGAGAUCUCUUCCCCGAUGAGUAAAUUCGAGAUGCCAAAAUAUGAUAAUCUUCUUAAAUGUUAAGCAAUAUAAAAUUUAAAAAAAAACGCUCAAAGCUACGCGCAAGCAUUUCCCCUACAUGUGUUAGUUAGUAUUAUACGUUAACUUCAA